ACCUGUAUUACAAAAAUGAUAGUGACUUCAAAGAACAUGCAGAGAUUUGAUUAUUGUGUACGCGUGAUUUCUCCGCUUGCUAUUAUUGCAAUGACGCAUUUACACAACUGGCACGGCGAUAACAGUGACAUGCAAUGGCAGUACGAGCUGACUAAUAAGGAUAAAGAAUACGCGGCAAUGCAUUUGAACGAGACCGACAACAAUAGAGAGAAAGCCAUCGCGGAGAUUAAGGGCUGGAUCGAGGAGAGCGAUGAUUUAUACGCACGAACAGAUGACUUUUUCAUUCUGCAAUUUUUGAGAACCUGCAAAUUUAACAUUGAGAAAACUAAGACCAGAAUGCGAAACUAUUAUAAGCAGCGGCACGAUCUAUCAGAAUGGUUCACGAAUAGAAAUCCGUUCCUGCCGGAAAUGCAAGAGCUACUUAAUCUAGGGAUAUUUUUAUUCUUACGAAAGUUAGAUAAUCAAAGAAGGCUGGUGCUUAUUGUACGCCAAAAACAGCAAAAUCCAAAUGUGCAAAAAUUAUCGGACUUAAUCAAGAUAGGUAUAAUGAUUUUGGAUGUGAUAAUGAAGGAUUACGUUUCACCAUCCUUGUAUGGUUUAAUAUUGUUCAUAGAUUUGGAUAGCGUGACUGUGCAUCACUUGAGGCAAUUGCAGCCCCAUGUCGUGAUGAAUAUAGUUCACACAUGGCAGGAUAGUUAUCCUAUAAGACUCCAAUCGAUUAAUUUCAUCAACGCACCAACAUACGUUGACCUAGGUAUAGCGAUUUUCAAGCGUUUUAUGAAUGAGAAGCUGAAGCGAAGAUUGCAUGUCUAUUCACGCAAUGAUACUAAGAUGCUUAAAUGCUUCGAAGAUAUCCCGGUUGAUAUCCGACCGCUCGAGUAUGGCGGCAUUGAUACAGUCCAAGAAAUAGUAGAAUAUACAAAAAAACUGGUCGAGAAGUAUCACGAUUGGUUUAUCAAUGAUGAGAAGUACAAGAUCAUUUCUAAGCAGUAAUUGGAGAUAAGUCACGACUAAAUUAUAAUUCUACGUAUAGAAUAAAAAUAGAAUGGAAAUUGCGAAAAAUCAAAAUACAUCGAUUAAGUGGCGACGAAACGGUACAGAGAAGGAAUGUCAUUGUUAUUACAAAGCAACGAGUAAAAUGUGAUUGAAACUUUCUCACACAAUUUUGUUUAUAUAAGUAAAAUAAAAUAUACACAUUUUUAUACACAUAUUUUUACAAGCUUUUCCUUUGCAUCGCAUAUUUUCGUUGAUUAUCAGAUAAUUUUUUUUUUUUUCUUUGUCGUUGACGAACAUGCAAUUUUUCUUUGACAACAAAUGAACAAAGAUCUAUGCAUAAAAAAAAUUGUACUUUUACACGCAAAAGAAACAGGGACUAUUUAUCUUUAUAUGAAAUGUAUCCGAUAUUAAAAUUUUAUAUAGACAUAAAUCAGCCAUAGCUGUUUCUAUCUGCAAUCACACGAAUUAUAUAUAUAUUAUCGUGUAAUUUGCGAUUUGCUGCAUAAUUCAAUUUUUACGCUGUCCUUAUAUUCACGCGCAGACACAUCGUAAAUUCAUUGGUCAGAGAUAAAGAUCUGAUAUGACGUUACAUUUUAUUUGUAACAAGUUUUGUUAUAUAUCAGGAAUAUGCGGUAUAAAAUAAUACGGUAAAUAAAACGUAAACGUACAGUAAA